AUGAAUCCGGAGGAGAGUCCUGUCUACACUUACAGCGGUCCCCCGGUUGCUGUACCUGCCUUCCCACUGUUGCUAGAUGGCAACGUAGGACCUUGUCCUCAGCCUCCUACUCAGGUCUUAGCUCUUACUCUGGUUUCUUCGGGCACAACACAGACUGUGGUCCCUGUCACUCACGUCGCGAAUGACAGGGAAGAGCUGAUUCCAAUUCGUGAUAUCAACUCUUUCGGUGCUGUGGCAAAUGAAAUGGAAGAGGUGACUUCAGUUCAUGAUACCAAUUCUUUCCGUGCCGUGGCGAGUGGCAUGGAGGAACGACCUCCCAAUUUUGAUACUAGCUCUUCCCAUGUUGCCUCAAGUGGCCUGGAAGAGCUGGCUCCGGUUGAUCAGGCCCCUUCUUCGCGUCCUGCUUUCAUGCAAAAUGCGAAUUGUGGUCUUGCGCCCCCCAAUACCCAUAACUCGUUGGUUAUGAGGGUCUCUCCAAAUCUUCAUCCCAUGACGAUGGCGCCCGAAACGCCCAAAUCCUUCCAUAGUUCCCAAGAGCCAUAUCAGCUUCCUGUGGACCGGGUUGCAUUGGGAUCUAUCGACAUAGAGCAUCUUCAGGAUAAGGAUAUCUUGUUCUUUUUUGAAGUAUUCAAUAUCAUGGCCAGGUUGAAUCCACGAUAUCUGUUCAAAUAUGGUGGAGUGGGAGGGGAAAUGGUCGGGAUGAAGCUCAUCUUUUAUGGUCAUACUGUUUUUGUUGAUCCUAUCUGCAACUCAGCCAACGAGGCCAGACUCUUGGGCUGCAAGAAGGCCCUUGGUUUGCUGCAGGAGGAUAACCCGCAGUGGCCUAUGCCUCCUCGCCCCGAUUCUAGUCGCUCUUCUGAUGCUGUUUGGGACUGGACGAAAAUACUGGCAGGUGAGCGCGGAGCGCGGGUGUCUUUUGUUCAACAUCUGGGAAAAAAAACAUUUGAAAACGAUGCUAACUUGGAGAUGGUUCCAGAUUUCUGUGCCUCUGAGUGUUGGGCACCCCCUCUGUACAAUCCUGGCUAUUAUGGUAGCCAAACCGAGUGGCAUUGCGAUGUCUCCGUGAACGGUCGGGUUUUCCGAACCGGUUGUUCGCUGCAGAGCCCACGCCAGGCGGAGAAUACAGCUGCACACAUUGCACUGCAUACAAUGCUAGUACAGGCAUAUGUACCUGCUGAUGCGAUACUUCCAGCUAACGACCUAUCGUUCGAAUUCAAGAAGCCAGUUGUGAUCAAGACUGAGAAGAUGGACGAGACACAGUCUACUGAUACCAUUGCCGUGACAUCUUCCAUGCAAGCCCAAGCCCAAGCACAAUCCCAAGCACAAGUACAAGCACAAGCAAAAGCCCAAGCUGAUGCUGAUGCUAUGGCGGAUGAGAUGUUGGAGGCACUGGUAUCAAGUUUCAAUAUGCGGACCCAUCGUGGAAAUGGUCGUGGUGGUGGUCGUCCCCGCGGCAAGAGAGGGGGUGCAAAGCAAAUCACCAAGAAUGGGCCCAAGCCCGUGGCUCCUAAGGCUGGUGGCACUUCCCCUAGUAAGGGUGGGGCCACUCCGCCUCGUAGGUCUGCAAGGAUUCGAGCUUCCAGUCCUGCGGGAGCUCCAAAUCGCAGGGGCGCGAGGGCUCAAGCUCCCGGGGCUCCGAGGGGAGCAUCUACCAGUGAAGAGGGCGAGAUUGCGGAAAAGAACGCAAACCUCGUUCCUUUGACUAAGAGCCGUGUGGUUCCAAUUACUCAUAAAGCAGAGCCUGUCGAGGAUCCCCAGGCUCGCCUGAAGAGCAUGCAGAAAGAACUGGGAGAUUUGCCCACUGAUUCAUCAUAUCACGCACUUUUAACUCGGAUGUGCGCUGUUCUGAAGGUUAACAUGCCAGAGAUCCGUCAUGAGAAGGACCCAAGUGAUCCUUCUCCGACUGCAUGGAUGGUUCGCGCGUGGUUCGACAUGCAAGAUCCGUAUUUGAGCCGAGCUAGUCCGAUCAUGUUGGACAAAUUCCCCAAGAUGGAUGAGAAGGCAGCGUGCUCCCUCGGAAUCAAGCACCUGAUGCUUUAUCUUCUCAACAUGGUCAAGGAAGACGCUGGAAUGGAGUUGGUAGGAAUGUCUUCUUAUUCCAGUGAUUAUCCAUUCUUGAAAGCUUUGGAGGUGGAGCUCAAACAGCGGAUCGCUCGUGGACCUUGCGAGAAAUGA